AUGGUCCUAGUGCUGCCAACGGAAGGCCCGCUAGGCGAUGGCGAUAACAUGUUGCAAAAGCUCUUACAAGAUCCCCUGUUGCUAGAAGCGAAUGCCAACUUCCUUGCUCAAAAAGACAGCAAGGCCCUGGCUGCUUCUUGCCGUGCGAUUUCGACUUGUGUGGAUGCCUUACGCAGGGCCGCCCAUUACAACAGUGGGUUUGCCAAUACAGAUUCAAGCAUCCUCGAACUCCUCCCUCACCACAUGGAGAAACCUGACGUCUGGCUGGUGGGAUCUUUCCAGGAGCCUAACGGCGAGAGCGAAGCCACGCUGUUCGGCGUGCUGCGCCAGCUGCAGGAUAGCCACUUGCCGUUCCAUGUGCGGCUAGCCUGCGUCGACUCAGCCAAUACCAAUGCCAAAGGCGGGCCCUAUGCACUGAACCUAACGGUGCGCUGCUCGCCCACCGCCAACGCUGAGGGAGCUAUUGCCAAACCCAUGGGCUUUGAAGACCGGGGCCCUGAGUUGCCUCGCCGUUUUGCGUACGAUCACCUUGCGGCUGAUGGUCAGUGUCUUCAGAACAUCGUGGAUACGGCAACCUCACGAUUUCGCGUGCCGGGCUUCCGGUGUCGGUGGCUACCGCGUCAUCACAUCGAAUAUUAUGCUGCCCAAAUUCGAAUGCCAGAUGCGGCUUUCUUGCAGAAGAACAGCACUAGUCCAGACUACGAGCCGCCAAGUUUCGUUCAAGACGUCAAGGAUGCAUACCGCUACAUCAUCCAGCUUGCAACGCAGGGGGUAACUUCUGUUUCAGAUGCAUGGUUUGAAUGGGUGGGAUCAGGUCCACAGGAUUUGACAGGUAGCGUCAACCCUGUUACCUCAAGUGGUCGGUGGGCUCCCGUGACAGUUACAUAAUACCUUUUAGGGUUGUAAUACGCUGCGUACAGGAGAUGUUGAUUAAUGCUUAAGCGG